UGGAAGCUGUUUUCCUCGGAUGAGAGAAGGGAAGGCUGAGAGAAGGUUUGGUCGAGGUGUUCAAAAUCAUCAGGGGUCUGGACAGGGGGGAAACCGUUCCCUUUGGCGGAAGGAUCGGGAACCAGAAGGACACUGAUUUAAGGUGAUUGGCAAAAUAAGCCACGGAGACGUGAGGAGAAACUUUUUCACGCGGCGAGUGUUUGGGCCCCGCAGUGCGCUGCUUUGAGAGUGUGGUGGAGACAGAUUCAGUUGGGGCAUUCAAAAGGGAUUUGGACAAUUAUGCGAAAGGAAAGCAUGUGCAGGGCUUCAGGAAGAAGGCUGGGCAGCGGCACUAGGUAAAUUGCUCCUUUGGAGAGCCAGCACAGAUAUGAUGGGCUGAAUGGCCUCUUCCUGUGCUGUCACUAUUCCAUGAAGGCUCUAAGGAAAGGGCACGGGUGUGAUACUAACUGGAUAGGUUUACCAAAGCGUUGGCACAGGCAUGAUGGGCCAAACGGCCUCCUUCAUCACUGUAUCAUUCUGUGCUUCUUCAUUGUCACAAAACUUCUCAAUGUGUUCACAAAUCGGAAGAGGAAGAGGAUUGGGAAGGAGUUUUUUGUUUCAUUUGUUCACGGAAUGUCGGCUUCGCUGGCUGGGCCAGCAUUUAUUGUCCAUCCCUAAUUGCCUUUGAGGAGGUGGUGAUGGUGAGCCAACUUGAACUGCUGCAUGUGGUUUGAUACAACUGAGUGGCCUUGCUAGGCCAUUUCAGAGUCAACCACAUUGCUCUGGGUCUGAAGUCACAUGUAGGCCAGACCAGGUAAGUAUGGCAGAUUUCCUCCCCUGAAGAACAUUAGUGAACCAGAUUGGUUUUAUGACGAUCAAUAAUGUUUCAUGGUUGCCAUUAGUCUAGCAUUUAAUUCCAGAUUUAUUAGUUGAAAUUAAAUUCCACCAGCUGCCGUGGUGGGAUUUGACCCCCUGUCCCCAGAGCGUUAGCCUGGGUCUCUGGCACUACCAUUAUAUCACCGCCACCCCAAAUUAGGAGAGGUGGGAAAUGAUGUCUCAAUUUCCUCAAAGCCUUGGUUCCAGAGCGCCAGGCACUACUGAAGCAACCUAAGCUGCUCCUUUGGUAAUUUUACUUUGUGAAGGCUACGCAGUGUUCAGUAGAAAAAUUGAAGAAAAACGUCAUUGCAUGUUCAAAAUAAAAGACAGACCUCCAUGCUCACUCACAUCAGAGAUGAUUACGACAAGGAGGUAAGACAGGCAAAGGAGAGGCUAAAGAAGAGACAGACUCCAGCUCCAGUCCGCCCUCGCAAGCCUGACCUGGAGGUAUACCAUCCACGCCGCAGGAAUGGAGCGGAGAAUUCCUUGGGGUUUGAGUGUGAGGAAUCAAGUGAAAGUAGCUCUGGCACCGAUCCAGAGCCUCAGAACGCCAUGAUGGAGCCAGAGAACACUGAGCUCUUCUGUCUGGAUUACCAAGCAGAUGAUAAAAUUGUCACGUCAGUUAUUAUUCAUCAAGGUGAUGAUCCCAAGAAAGUGGCAGAAAAAAUUGGGAAUAAGAAUAGCCUGGAGCCACUGAUGAAAGAAGCACUGAGACUGCGAAUCCAGGAGGAAAUUGAAAAGAGGGUCUCAAAGCGUUGAGUGUGGCCGGAGUCCAGUUUCGUUCUUUGUGUUUGUGUUGUUUUAUCCCCAAUUCCAGAAUGAAGUGUGAAGAGAUUCAAGGUCCCGAGGCUACAGCAACUGUCGCAGGGACAUCUUGAUCAAGAAAGAGGGAAGGAAAACAGGAAAAGAAGGUGACUUGAAUUCCUGAAGGAGACAACACACAUUGUUGGACUAACUGAAAAAUACAGUGGGUGCGACCCUACUGGAUAUAUAUUUAAGACAGGCUCCACAAUCCACUGUGCACAGUGUUAAACAAACAUAAACUUGGUGGUACAAUAUUACCUUCGGAAUUAAUGAUUGAUACAAAAGUGUUAGGGUUUUAUUUGUUAACAAUCUUGGCCAUUGCCAGUAUUCCUGAACAAGAUCGCCCACUUCAGAAAGAAGCAUUAGCAGGAUUUCUAUGUUAUCCCAUUCUGCAAUUUGGCAUGGUGCUGGAAUAAAAGGAUUGUAAGAUAGUUAUAGUCCCGGUACUACUUCAUUCAAUUGCUGACUGCUAGAGUACAAGGAACAGGGAGACUGUCACCUUGAAUAAUGUCUAGAAGAAACUGUGCAGCAUAAGGGAUGGUUUUAUGAUCAUUGUAUAAGGUUAGCUCCGGCCACCAGGGCUGGAAUGGCUGUGUCCAGUGAUUUCCACUCAAAAGCACUUGGCUGAGGAGAGCUUCCCUGUUGAAAUUUUUUGAUGGUGUUUCAAUGUUCGUGCGAUGGGGCAGUACUUGGUGCCAAGUGAGCAGCCCUCACCCACAAGGGGACAAUACUGUCUCACCCCCAUCAUUUCCUGCUACUCCCAGGAAGUUGUGCAGGACAAGUAUUAGGGAAAAAGAGGGUGCAUAAUUUCAGUCACCAGCAGCUGAUAAAGGUCUGCUGGCUAUCUCAUGAGCACUAGCGGUGCUUUGGGUGG